AUGGCGACAACAGAAGGAUCCGAGCCUCCUCGGACCCGAAGAAAUAGUAAUAAAAACAUCCUUACAAGGAUCAGACAUGGACAAAGCACUGGCCGGGCAAUUAGUCGAGGCACAGAGGUAAAAUACACAUUCAGAAAUCAUUGCUAAAAGACGAAAUUACAAGGGUUUGGGACGGAGAAAGACAGUUGGCUAGCUUGCUUGCUAACGUUAACUUUCGCUAUUUACAGUAGCUACGUCUACUCAAACGGAGCGCUGAGACCGCUAACUAGAUAACGUUAGCUAGCUAAAAUAGUAGAAGUCAGAAGUAUAUGUAGCCAUUACAUUAGAUAGCUAGCAAGUCACUAUGCUAGUCACGGCAACCCAAAGGAAAGUUGGUGCUAGCUGUUAGCGGGCUACAGCUAUUACAUUUAACAUCAACUGUUAUGACUGUUAGCUAGCCCAGUUAACGUUACUGAUUUAUGUACUUUAUUUGCCCAAUCCUUGACAUGUUUUUGCUCCUAUGGUGUUCCUUCCUUGUCCUCUAGAUAUCUGAGGCCCUACUCCAGGAGAGAGACCAGCAGGCCCAGUGGCAUGGGAUUCCAGUGCUGCUGCAGAGACUUUAUGACAGCAGUCACCUCAACAGUGACCUCUCCCAGAUCCACUCCAUUAUCAAGGUGCAAAUAAUAAAUACUCUUCCCAGACCUGUCAGAGCUGUAAUGCCACACGUAGAGGCAAAGGUUUCAUGCUCGUUUUUCCCAUGUUAGCUGUGAUGGUAUUUGCUGCUGAGUUGACGGGUGUGUUGUCUCUGUGGUGUGGUAGGAAGUGUCAUCUUUUCUCUCCAUGGAGGCUAUGUCAUUUGUAACAGAGGACAGGAGAACAGCACAGGAGUCCACCUAUCCCAACAUAUACACCUUUGACCUCUUUGGAGGCGUUGAUGUGAGUCUCCAACAUGUUGACACAGAGGCAAAUAUAACUGUCUUGUCAGUGGUCAUAUUUGCUGUGUAAGGGUUUGAAUUUCUGCUUUGUCCUUAGUUGCUAGUGGAGAUUCUGAUGAGACCCACCCUCACCACACAGAUGAAUGUCCCUAAAAGUAAGCCACAUUAAAACAUUCCUAGGUCAUAGUUUUGCAAAUCUGAGGAAUUUAAGAUGCCCUGAAUAGAUUCUAACCUGUGUUCUCUUUGCAGUGAGUGAUGACCUUGUCAAGGAUUGUUUAAGUGUUCUGUACAAUUGUUGUAUAUGUGUAAGUAUCAAUGCCAUUGAUAAAUAGUGUUCGAAUGCAUGUAAGAUAAUAUCUGGCAACUUAACACUGUCUGAAACAUAGGAUGAUGUCCACCCUCUUACCUUUCUUUUAGUCAGAAAAGGCUAAUCAUUAGCUUUCCCUCAUUUUCAGAUGGAAGGAGUCACUAAAAGUCUGGCAUCACGAGAUGACUUUGUCAUGUAUUUGUUUACACUGAUGUCAAACAAGAAAACAUUUUUGCAAACAGCCACAUUGAUUGAGGACAUUCUUGGGGUCAGUAAGGUAAGGAUGGCCUAAAAACCCUUACUAUCACUGUCAAUCUUUACAAAUUAUUCAUUCAAAUUGACUGAAUCCCACUGAACCUAAAUGCUUAAAGAUGCACCAAAACAUCAAUAACCUGUACCUUCUACCUUCCUCUCUGUGCUCCAGGAGAUGAUCCAGCUGGAGGACAUCCCCAACCUGCCAAGUCUGGUUCAGAGCUUCAACCAGCAGCAGCUGGCCAACUUCUGCCGCAUCCUGUCAGUCACCAUCUCUGAGCCAGACAUGGGCAACGAUGACAAGCACACGCUGCUGGCCAAGAACGCCCAGCAGAGGGCCAACCCCUGCCCGUCCCACUCUGAAGUCAACCAGGGUAAGACAGCUCUCACCAUCAAACCUGAGAGAGACUAUAGAAGGAGUUGUCACAUUCAAUGAUGCUUCUUCAUAUGACUAGCAUUUAAUGAAGAAAAUGCUUGUUAAUGACUUGUCCCUAUAUUGCUCAGCAAUGCAUGAGAUGAAAAGUUGAUGGAUUUGCACUCCUCAAUGCCUGUCCUUAGCACUCUGUUGACGGGAAAGAGUAAAUUGAUAAUCAAAUAAUCUGUUCUCCCCUGUGUGUAUCAGUGGCCCUGCUGAACAUCCCAGGCUUCAUUGAGCGGCUGUGUAAGCUGGCCACCAGGAAGGUGUCAGAGGCCUCGGGGGCAUCCAGCCUGCUGCUGGAGCUUCAGGACUGGUACACCUGGCUGGACAACGCCCUGGUGCUGGAUGCGCUCAUGCAGAUGGCCACAGAGGACGCCGAGCAGAGUAGCACAGGUCAGAACAAUAGAUAGACAUGCACUCUCCCUCACACACAUGCACGCACGUUAGGAUUGAAUAUUUUCCCAGUAUUUUACAAAUGGUCCAUCCCGAGAACAAAUCACCUUUCUCCCGGGUAACCCAGUUUUUUACCAAAACCUGAAGUGUCAUUUCAAAAGCAUAUAAAAAGCCUAUGUCUGGAUUUGACUAGAGCUUUGAUCAAAAAUUCAGGCCUGAUGCUACCUGAGUCUGAUGAGCCAUACAUUAAAGACAUUUUGUGAGCCCAAGCCCAAAAAAACCCAAGUGAUUGUGCCUUUAUCCUAUACAUACACUACCGUUCAAAAGUUUGGGGUCACUUAGACAUUUCCUUGUUUUCGAAAGAAAAGCAAUUUUUUUGUCCAUUUAAAAUAACAUAUCUCAGACUGCCCAUCUUAAUAUUUUAUUUUUAUUGGCCAGUCUGAGAUAGGGCUUUUUCUUUGGAACUCUGCCUAGAAGGUCAGCAUCCCGGAGUCGCCUCUUCACUGUUGACGUUGAGACUGGUGUUUUGCGGGUACUAUUUAAUGAAGCUGCCAGUUGAGGAGCUGUGAGGCAUCUGUUUCUCAAACUAGACACUCUAAUGUAUUUGUCCUCUUGCUCAGUUGUGCACCGGGGCCUCCCACUCCUCUUUCUAUUCUGGUUAGAGCCAGUUUGCGCUGUUCUGUGAAGGGAGUAGUACACAGCGUUGUAUGAGAUCUUCAGUGUCUUGGCAAUUUCUCGCAUGGAAUAGCCUUCAUUUCUCAGAACAAGAAUAGACUGAUGAGUUUCAGAAGGAAGUUCUUUGUUUCUGGCCAUUUUGAGCCUGUAAUCGAACCCACAAUUGCUGAUGCUCCAGAUACUCAACUAGUCUCAAGAAGGCCAGUUUUAUUGCUUCUUUAAUCAGCACAACAGUUUUCAGCUGUGCUAACAUAAUUGCAAAAGGGUUUUCUAAUGAUCAAUUAGCCUUUUAAAAUGAUAAACUUGGAUUAGCAAACACAACGUGCCAUUGGAACACAGGACUGAUGGUUGCUGAUAAUGGGCAUCUGUACGCCUAUGUAGAUAUUCCAUAAAAAAUCAGCCGUUUCCAGCUACAAUAGCCAGUUACAACAUUAACAAUGUCUACACUGUAUUUCUGAUCAAUUUGAUGUUAUUUUAAUGGACAAAAAAAUAAUAAUUUCUUUCUAAAACAAGGACAUUUCUACGUGACCCCAAACUUUUGAACGGUAGUGUACCUUUCAUAAUAUUUCCCAUAAUGUUAUUAGCCUACCUCCUCUUUCUCUCUCUCUCGUUGCCUCAUUCCUUCCUCGCUUUCAACAGUUAAAAUAAGUAUGUUCCGUUGUCCUUAUCUUCAACAUUAAUGACAUGCUUGAGUAAUAUAGGACUAGAAUUGACGGCUUUCACUUCUCUUCAUGAAGACCGAAUAGUUAUGGGUCUGAAUAAAUAACUUCUAUAGCCUACCGCCAUCGCGCAUUUGCUCUUCUUUCAAACUACCCGUGAGUUCUAUUGGCUGCUGUAUUUAACAUUCAGAAAACAAGAGCUUGCAUCCCUCUUCGAAUUGUCUAUUGGUAUAAGAAAUGCAACAAAACAAUUUUCCAGCAAGCUAUUCUAGUCUAGCUUUUCCUACAUGGGACUCCAAGAGCUAAGGAGUGUUUUUUAAGGAGAGAGGACAGCAGAUCACAGGUGUGUGUAUAUUGCGCAAUAGACAGAGGCUAGUUAGACACUUAUUAUGCAUAACCCAUCAAUCAUUAGCUAAAUAUAAGGCUAAUACUGUGUUGACUUUAUCACCUGAAAGAGGUAGGCUUAGACAGCUAUAUAUAUCAAUUUUGAGCUGGAUGAUCUAUUUUGGAUGAGAAAGAGAGAGGGAGGGGAAGACUGCUCGAGCAUGCUCUUAUUUAAAGCAACGAUAUUCGAGUGAUAGGCUGUUUCAAAACACUGCAGCUGCAAUAAUAAAAAAUGAAGGUGACCCCGAAAGCCAGAUGGAGAUGUGUAAAUUAGACAGUCAUUCGGUCCUAAUAUUACUGUAGGAUAAGCUAUGCUGCAGCAAAUGUAGGCCUACCUGUCACAAGAAAAAAAGCUACCAUGAUGAGACGAUGGGUCUACAUGCAUUGUGAACUGCAUUCCAUACUGAGAUGGGCUGUCUGUCCCCACCAUGAUCGUUGAUGAUUGAUCAUGCAGAGAGCAGAGAGAAGGCCGUAGCGAAGCCAUAUUUAGACAUCGCAUAUAUAUUUAACAGUUCCAUUUCACGUCAUGCUGUUGAUAUAUAUAAUGUAUUAUAAUUGACUGGUUUCUCGCAGUUAUUUAUCCCGGGAAAAGGGAGUGGUUUUGGGCGUUAAAUCUCGGUAACCGGGUUCCCGCCAUUCAAUCCAAACGCACGUCAUGCUCCAGUCAUCUUGGACAUGGAAACUCAUGUCCAACUCAUCCCACGGAGGGCCGAGUGUCUGCGGGUUUUCGCUCCUCCCUUGUACUUGAUUGAUGAAUUAAGGUCACUAAUUAGUAAAGAACUCCCCUCACCUGGUUGUCUAGGUCUUUAAUUGAAAGGAAAAACCAAAAACCCGCAGACACUAGGCCCUCCAUGGAAUGAGUUCGACACCCCUGGAUUACAGUAUGAAAGACUGUUCACCAUUUUAGUAAUACGGUUCAGUGUGACAGACUACAUAGGGCCCUAUAAAAUCUGCUUUGUAGACGGAUUCACGGAAUCCAGACAUAAUCCAAACGUAAUUCAAUAAUAUUCAAACAUUUAUUGAAAUUGAUAGGGAAUCAACUAAAUGUAUUGAACUUAUUAGAAAAUGCAUUAAUUUGUCAAACUUAAUCAUUAGACAUGAACAAAAUGCAUCAGUGAUUCGUAUUUUCCUGCAACGGCAUAGGAAUGCCCCUGUGUAUGUCUACACUUUGUGUAGCUGUUAGUGAUGAUGCUAAUGAUAACCUUCUUCUGGUAGAGAUGGAAAGGCUUUCCUAAAAACCUUCUCCGUUAAAUGUUAACUACAAAGUAACCUAUGCCUACCUGGCUGAAUAUAAUUAUUAUUUGCAUCAAUCUAGUGCCAUUUGUUUUGCAAACUCUGCAAUCACAUGAGCGCUACAGAAACAUUUCUAACCAAACAACGCUCUCUUGCUGGUGGCACUUGCAUUAAAGGGUAUCUACAUCAAAAAAUCAAAUUGUGUUUUUUCAGACCUUUAAGUGGACUCCUGAUGUGGUUUAAGCGUUGUUGUGGACUUAGAACAUCCAUUUUCUUUUUUUUUAUUAAAAAGGUAUGAUUUUGAGACCAAAAACCGGAAGAAAAUAAGGAAAAAUUGACACCUGUUUAAGCAAAACAGAGAAAAUGGAAUUUGGGGAAAAAAUAAAACUGAUUUUAUAGGGCUCUAUGUGUACAGUACCAUAUGUUGUCGUAAUCUCAAUGUGUUAUGUACGCUGUGCUCUUUCUCAGAGUCCUCAGACGAGAGUUCUCUGGCCACCAGCCCUCUCAGACACCGUCUGCCCCAGUCCAUGAAUAUUGUCCAUGAGAUCAUGUACAAGGUGGAGGUGCUCUAUGUGCUCUGUGCGCUACUCAUAGGCCACCAGAGGAACCAGGUGAGAGCCAGAUAUCUGGAGUUUACAACAGUUGGUUUGGGAAAAUGGGUUCCGUUAGUAACUGAGAUUGUAAGGUUUUUCUUAGCCACUGUGCUUCUGCCUCUGCAUUGCUUGCUCUUUGGGGUUUUAGUCUGGGUAUCUGCAAAACACUGACAACUGCUGAUGUACAAAGGGCUUUAUAAAAUAAAUGUGAUUGAUUGAUUGUAAAUGUAUCGUGCCUUGUAAACAGGUUCACAAAAUGCUGGCAGAGUUCAAACUGAUUCCAGGACUUAACAACCUGUUUGACAAGCUGAUCUGGAGAAAGCAAACAUCUUCGAAUGUCCUCCAUGGCCAGAACCAAAACUGUGGCUGCAGCCCGGUAAGAAGACCCCUCUGCUCUGGGAAUGGGUCAAUGGGCGCAUUCACACUCCACCUUAGCCCAGGGUUAAGAGCAGGGUUAGCACCGACUUUUCGGGGUUAGCCCCAGAAACUCGGUGCCAAAAUAGCCAGUGUGAAAAGGGGUCAAAAACAACGCCUAGAAUGCUCACUGUCCAAUCACAAAAGCGUCACUUUCACUUAAUUUCCAUACGCAUGUGAUGCCUGUAAUGCGUUCUGCACAUUAUUUUGACAAGUCAAUUCAUAAUAUUUAAUCCUUCCAUCUGAGGACAAAAAAACAAAAUACUUUCAUCCAUGCAAAAACAUUGGUUGCUAUGCCUAACAAAAAUGGUUGCUAUGCAGGCUGGAUAAUGUCUUUUCACUUAGCCAACUAAAGCUACAAACUCUACAGCUGGAAGGGCAGCAAACGCUCCAUUUUCAUAGCUUUUCUAUUGACAUUUAAUUGCAUAUAUCCAUGAUGAUAAUAAUAUUGUUGCAUGAUUUUGCCUGGAUCAGAAAAGUUGAUCCCGUUAGUUCACAGCAUUCUCUGUGGCGAGAUCGAAUUUUAAGUGAUUUUUUUUUCCUGAUGUCGGACAGGCAGACAAGCAAGGUUUAUACAAACCAUCCCACUGUUGGAAAUCAAAUGCUAGGCCAGAAUCAAGAGGAAAUAAUGUGUUAGUAAAUGUCUUAUUGCGUGUAACAUUGGUUGUGUUUGUCCGUUAGCCCAGGGCUUUGGAAUACAAGUGUGAAUCCUUAGCCCAGGGCUAAUGCUUAGCCCAGGGUUAACAAAUGCUUGUGUGUACACUGACCAUGGGCUAGCUUAUCCUGUCUAGCCUGGGGCUAAGAACAAUGCAGUGUGAAAAGGCCUAAUGUGUCAAUGGCAUUGUAGCACUAAUCACUGCUAUUGCACCACUCACUGAUCCUCCUCUCUUCAUCACACACAGGAGAUCGCCUUUAAAAUCCAGUUCCUACGAUUACUCCAGAGCUUCAGCGACCAUCAUGAGUGAGUACAUUAAAGACUAGGUGUAUGAAAGAAACUAUAUUGCUGGGGAAUUAAGACACAUCGCCUGAUAUACACUAUGAAAGUCCUGCCUACUUCCUGAAUCAUAUCUCAUACUGUUUUUGAAAGGGCUUCAAGAUUAUAUCUUCAAAUCCAUGAAAACGCAGUCAUAUAAGAUAUACACUGAGUGUACAAAACAUUAGGAACACCUGCUCUUUCCAUGACAUAGCUUUCACCUGGUCAGUCUAUGAUCCCUUAUUGAUGUCACCUGUUAAAUCCAUUUUAAUCAGUGUAAAUGAAGGGGAGGGGACAGGUUAAAUAAGGAUUUUUAAGCCUAGAGAAUUGAGACAUGGAUUGUGUAUGUGUGCCAUUCAGAGGGUGAAUGGGCAAGACAAAAGAUUUAAGCGUCUUUGAACAGAGUAUGGUAGUAGGUGCAUCGGUUUGAGUGUGUCAAGAACUGCAACGUUGCUGGGUUUUUCACGCUCAACAGUUUCCCGCCAACUUGACACAACUGUGGGAAACAUUGAAGUCAACAUGGGCCAGCCUCCCUGUGGAACGCUUUCAACACCUUGUAGAUCAUGCCACAACGAAUUGAGGCUGUUCUGAGGGCAAAAAUGGGGUGCAACUCAAUAUUAGGAAGGUGUUUCUAAUGUUUUGUACAUUCAGUGUAUGUAAAACAGGGAUGGGCAACUCAAGUCCUCGGGGGGCUGGAGUGGUGUCACACUUUGUCCCCAUACCUAGCAAACACAGCUGAUUUAAACUAAUUGUGUUCUAAAGUGAAGAUCAUGAUUAGUUGAUUAUUGGAGUCAGGUGUGUUAGCUGGGGCUGGGGCAAAAGUGUGACACCAAUCAGACCCCUGAGGACUGGAGUUGCCCAUCCCUGAUGUUAAAAUUAUUUUCGUAAUUAUGGAUUAAUUUACUUCUAUCUGAUGCUUUUUCAGGAAGGUUUUCGAUUGUGUUUUCUUUUUUCGUAAUCGAAAACCUUCAUAAAAUACAUUGGGUAGUGAGUUUGGUACCAUCUCAGUGAAUCUGUCAUUUGGAUCAUGUCUGAUCUUUCCUCCUCCCUCUCAGGAACAAGUAUCUCCUCCUGAACGCUCAGGAGCUGAAUGAACUGAGUGCCAUCUCUCUGAAAGCCAGCAUCCCUGAGGUGGAUGCUCUUGUCAACACGGACCGGUAGGGCUCAUAGUUAGGCUGGCGCACAGGGAUGGAGGACGUUUUGGGGUUCUGAAUUUGAUAAAAUCCCCCAUUGCAUGCAUCCUCACCCUUCUCUUUUCUCUCUCCUAUAUAGAAAUCUAAUCUGUGAUGGUAAAAAGGGCCUCCUGACACGGCUACUUUCAGUCAUGAAGAAAGAACCGGUUGAAUCCUCAUUUAGGUGAGUGUGUUUACUCCAGGAGUUAAUGAGUGAAACAUUAUGCCACAGAUAAAGAGUUAGAACCCCCGUCUCUCUGUCUGUAGGUUCUGGCAGGCGAGGGCGGUAGAGAGCUUCCUGAGAGGGGCCACCUCCUAUGCUGACCAGAUGUUCCUGCUCAAGAGAGGCCUGCUGGAGGUACGGAGGCUGUUGCCAAGCCAGUGAGGACACGCACACCUAUGAUAUAACAGCUUUCAAGGUUUCAUUUAAAACCUCCCAAUAAUCCCUCUCCUUUGUCUCUCUAGCACAUUCUGUUCAGCAUCAUAGACAGUGGCUGUAAGUCUAGGGACGUGCUGCAGAGCUACUUUGACCUGCUGGGGGAACUCAUGAAGUUCAACAUCGACGCCUUCAAGAGGUUCAACAAAUAUGUCAACACAGAGGAGAAGGUAGGCCAGGGGUCAGGGCAGAGGGGUUAGGGUUAAGACUUCAAAACACUGAGAAGCAAGGUGAGUAUACAUGUAAAUAGAUGGUCAGUCAGGGGCAAUUCCAUGGUAAGAGUCAUGCUGUGACACAGAUUUUUCACUUUAAAAUGCAUGUCAAAAAAAAAAUAUAUAUUGCAAAGUUAAACAUACUAUACAACUCGAUGCACAAGGACUACUUUUAACAAUUUCCACUGAAAUUUAAAAACAGGAAGUGCCCUCAGUUAAAACCUUAUCCCUACCAAUUGACAACUUUCAAGUCCUGUUACAUGUUUGGUUUAAUUUCUGCAUCCUGUGUUAGUUCCAGACUUUUAUGACCCAGAUCAACAGCUCUCUGGUGGACUCCAACAUGCUGGUGCGCUGUAUCAUCCUCUCCCUGGACCGCUUUGAGAGCCAGAUUGAGGAUGUGAGCGGUAGGUCCAUAGAAAUAGGCUGUAGAAACACCAGUUGUUUUAGUAGGCCUAAUGAAGCAUCAGGGAUGCUUUGUGUGUGGCUUUAUGGUAGUGAAAUAUGUCUACUCUUGGUAUUCUUAGUUAUCCUCCUCUGACUCAUCCAUGUUUCUCUCCUUUCCCCCUCUCUCCUGUAGUUGUGGAGGUACUGUCAGAGUGCAGUCUGUUGUCCUACAUGGCCCGCGUGGAAAACCGACUGACCUUCCUCUUCAGGCUCGUUAACAUCAUCAAUGUGCAGACACUCACACAGGCAAGGAAACACACUAUCCUAUGUUCUGUUGACAGUUUUACUAAUGGCUCACGUGCUAUUGCAUCCUCCUAGCUAUUAUAGACUUUACAUUCCUGUAUUUCUUGUUUCUCAUAUUGAGACAUACUUGUCUUCAUCUGCAGAUCAGCUAACUGUAUGAUCCUGUCUGUUAUUUGAUGGUGGCUGAACCCAAUGUUAGGAGAAUGUGAGCUGUCUGAACACCAGCCUGGUGGUGUUGAUGCUGGCCAGGAGGCGGGACAAGCUGCCUUACUGUCUCAACGCCCUGAGAGAGAAGGAGUACGCUGAGAAAUACCCCGGCUGCCUGCUCAACAACUUCCACAACCUGCUGCGCUUCUGGCAGCGCCACUACCUCAACAAGGACAAGGAUAGCACCUGUCUGGAGAACGUGAGUGUCCUGGCCAAUGCACACACACCCCGUUGUUACUUUAAUGCUGUCUACUCUACUCUAUAUUGCUUGCUAUGGUGGUAAUUCUGUAUUAGGUCACCUGUACAUUGGACCAUGCUCCAUCCUAUUGUGGUUGUGAAUGGUCUCAGGGGAAUUUAUAUCUUACAUCUCUCUCCUAUUCUCUAUCAACCCUCUUCCUGCAACAGAGUUCCUGUAUAUCCUUUACCUACUGGAAGGAGACUGUGUCGGUUCUGUUGGACUCAGACCCAACUUCACUAUGUGCCAUAGCCAGCUACAUCGAUGAGGCCUACAUGGAUCUGGGCAGAGACUUUCUGGAAGUUUAA